CGUAGUUCUCCCCCUCUCUACCCGUUUAGUAGCUAAAGAUGGCUGAAGCUCGUCCAUGGCCCAGCCGGUUCUUCUGUCACAGAUGCUCAGCAGAGAUAAGUCCACGGCUGCCUGAGUACACAUGUCCAAGAUGUGAGUCAGGGUUUAUUGAGGAGCUGCUGGAGGAGAGGAGUGCUGAGAAUGGCUCCAUGUCUUCCAUAUCCAGCGUGCCCCAGAACCAGCAGCCGUUUGAGAAUGUGGACCAGCACAUGUUUACAUUCCCUUCGGGCUAUGGUCAGUUUGCUCUGGGGGUCUUUGAUGAUCGCUUUGACUUUGGGGCCACUUUAGGAACAGAGGAUAAUCGGGAAGCAGAAAACAGGCGAGAAAGGGAAACAGCAUCACGGCAACGAUAUGGUGCCAGGCAACCCAGAAGUCAUCACGGUUCAAGACGACAAGCAGGAAGGCAUGAGGGAGUUCCCUCUUUAGAAGGAAUCAUUCAGCAAUUAGUGAAUGGAAUAAUUGCACCUACUGCAAUGCCAAAUAUUGGUGUAGGACCCUGGGGUGUUCUUCACUCAAAUCCUAUGGAUUAUGCUUGGGGUGCUAAUGGAUUAGAUGCAAUUAUAACUCAGUUGUUAAACCAAUUUGAAAACACGGGGCCCCCGCCUGCUGAUAGAGAUAAAAUAAAGAGUCUUCCUACAGUGCAAAUCACAGAUGAGCAUGUUGCUUCAGGCCUGGAAUGCCCUGUGUGUAAAGAAGACUACAGUGUUGGAGAAAAUGUGAGGCAGCUCCCAUGCAAUCAUAUGUUUCACAAUGACUGUAUAGUCCCCUGGCUGGAACAGCAUGACACUUGUCCGGUGUGCAGGAAAAGUUUGAGUGGACAGAACACGGCGACAAACCCUCCAGAACUAUCAGGGAUGAACUUUACGUCCUCCUCUUCCUCCUCCUCCUCCUCCUCAUCUUCAUCCUCCUCCACCCCUCAGUCCUCAAGUUCGACCAGCAAUGAGAACUCCACUGAUAACUCCUAGAGAAGCAUUUAUCCCUAUCACCCUGUGAGCUUUUUUUAGCUCCUGGGCUGCUGUACUUCAGAGCGGUGACCUCCAGUCUCUCCCUGCUGCCGGGUAGAGACCUGAGUGCAUCUUGUCAGGAGCGCUCAAGCCUGAUCCAGGAGGUAAGUGAUACAUGAGGACAAUGUAUUCCUGCCCCUCCUGUUGCUCCCACCUUCAUCAGGAAUCUUGACAAAGGAAGGGUGGAGGCCUGGAGUGCAGCUUCUAUCGGGGAGGGUGUGGAGACUGCAAGAGGCUCUGUCUGCCUGAAUCACCUCAUACAGGAAGAGACACAAAAGGAUCCAAAGGAAGAAGACUUGGGAUGAAAAGACAGUCUGUUUUAGAAAAAAAAAACUUCAGACUCGAAUGUCUUAGGAUGCUCUGCUUUUGCCAAUGAAGCAAAAAAGAAAUGAAGAGUUAUUCCUUUUUAUAAGUAGCGUUCAUAUCUCACAGAAAUUACCCAAAGUGCACUGCAGUGCACUGUUUAAGUGUGCACUUAAGUUACUUCAUGGUUUGGAGGAUAAAACAAUUAUUAAUUUUUUUCUCAACACAAAAUAAUACAACUUUAAGGUCAAGAUCCUUUUACAGUUGAAAGAUUACCUGAAACCACACAGGUAAAAGUUUUGCACUUGAAAUAAAAAGUCAAACUGCAGUCAUCUGGUGCUGUUUGCAUACUGAUGUGAAUAAGCAUAACUAAAUCAUGUAAGAUUUAUUUUUAAAUUUUUUAUCUGCAUCUGCAAGCCUUUUAUGUGGAUCAGCUCUUCAUAAAGCAUUUAGAAACAUUUCAAAGCAUUUGUGCAUUUUAACUUAAAGAUAUAUUAAGUAUUUUCUAAAGUUGCCAGUUGAAAAACUAUUGGUUUGAAGUAUCAUCGUGUCCAAAUAAAUAACUGAUAUGAGAAUAAAGAUGUUUGGGUGCUACCACUCAAAAUUCAA